UAUACCGCUCGUUCGCGCGGUAACCUUGCUGUGGGACGCGGCGCGUCGGACGCGCGUAUCGGUACGGCAUCAUCCCCAUCGUAUACCAGCGAAUCGCGAAUGUUGCGGGGAUUAAAAUCGUCACAGUUUUCAGUGUAUGUUUCUGUGUAUCUGUAGUGUAACCGUCACCGCGGUAUCGCGACGCUCUCUCGUCUCUCUCGCACAGAUCGAGUGAAGGUUAUGGUAAUUCCCGCGAAUUGAUAAUUGCUCGAUGUAGAGAACGAUCGCGUUUCGGUGAGUAACGAACAGUUAUGACAUCGAAUGUAUAAAACAUAUUAUAAAAGUGCCGUAUUCAGUAGCAAGAAUAUCGCAAGUGCAACGGAAUAUUUUCGUACGCCGGUAAUUUGCCGGGAAAGCUGGGAAAGAGAGGGGAGGAGAGAGAGGGAAGAAGCAGUCGUCCCGAACGCAUUCCCGGAAGUGCGCGACCGUUGUAUCUUAUUUUCGCGAAUAAAUAAACGCAAUACUGUAAGACACUCCACAUUUUCAAUAUUAAAAUACAUCGCACUCGCGUGCCAUCAAUGUGUGUCGUUAAUUGGCGUAAAUGUAAUCGUGUAAUCAAUCUCGAAUUUAAUACGGGAUAAAAAAAUUUGAAUCGAGUUCGACAUGCGUGGAUCGUGUACAUCGGUGACCUGUUACCGUCCGAGCAGGUUAGACUCGAUGCGCUGCGAGCGAUCAGCGAUAUCCAAUGAGAGCUCAGUUUCCUUCGAAUUAAUCGUCACAUUGGAAAAAGCGAAACGCUCGUCGUGCAUCGAGUCUAGCUGUGCCCGGAUGCAACAUAAUUCGGAGUCGUGAGCGUCCUCUCUUUUGUCUCCUUCUCAUCGCGGUCAUUCCACUGUACGUCGCGUAUGUCGCGAUCCUUCUGUCUUUCUCGUAGAGUUUGUUUUCUCGUCGUCGAGCGUCGCGAUAUGUGACGAAAGGAUGUGUGACGACGCGUCGAAGCGGUCGAAUUAACCUCGGAAUAUCGUGUCAAGUGUCGCCCGAUCGUCAUUAAUUAACUGUGUUUUCGCGAGUGAAUUUUGUGCAAGUGUGGAAUUCUAACCUAAGAGGAGGAGGCGGCCUGAGAGGCAUCGGGCAUCGGCGGAGCAACUUUGAGUUGGUGAUACACACAACUCCGCUGUGCAUCGGUGUUGGUGACUAUUAAAGCGUCGCUGAUCAUCCAUGGUGAGGCAUAUCCUGUCCUAAGAUUAAACGAUCCCGUGGAAGCCGUGCAUCCGACGAGGGAGCCCGAGGGUUGCGCCGCUUCUCGACGACGGGAUUGCCGUUGUUUGCCAUUGUCUCGCAAUAACCAACUAUUCCGGGACCAAUCCGAGACCAGCGGUCAAAUUGGGCGAAGUGGGAUACAAUGAGGUAGUAGACUGUCCACGGAGCACCUGGUGAGAGGCGGUUUUCAGCGCGACGGGUGAUAUGUUGCUGUCGAGCCGCGGCGGCCGAAAGGGGCCCAUCGUCUGCCUGGUGGGCCUCCUCCUCAUCUUUGCUCUUUAUCAGCUGGGCAUUAUCUGCGGCACCACCAGGUACAUGCCCACCGCCGUGAUGGUCAGCAAGGAGAAAUACGUGAUUGGGCCGUUCGAUCGCAAAACGUACACGUACGACCGUUACAUGCCGCUCAUUUUCAUCGGUGGCGUACCACGAUCGGGUACAACCCUAAUGCGUGCCAUGCUGGAUGCACACCCUGACGUGAGGUGCGGGCAAGAGACCAGAGUUAUACCGCGGAUUCUCCAGAUGAAGAUGCACUGGUCCAAGUCCGAGAAGGAAAACGUACGGCUCACCGAAGCGGGGAUAUCGAAAGAGGUGAUAGACAGCGCGAUAGCGGCGUUCUGCCUGGAAAUAAUAGCGCGACACGCCGAGCCCGCGCCGAGGUUGUGCAACAAGGAUCCACUCACCCUGAAGAUGGGCUCGUACAUCCUCGAGCUAUUCCCGAACGCAAAAUUUAUAUUCAUGGUGCGCGACGGACGCGCGACGGUGCAUUCCAUCAUAUCCAGGAAGGUCACUAUAACGGGAUUCGACUUAUCGUCCUACCGACAGUCUCUCAUCAGGUGGAAUCACGCAAUAUCCGUAAUGUAUGGUCAGUGCAAGGAGUUGGGACCUGAGAGAUGUCUGAUGGUCCCUUACGAGCAGCUGGUGCUGCACCCGCGCCAAUGGAUGAAGAAGAUAUUAAACUAUCUGGAUGUACCGUGGAACGAGUCCGUCAUGCAUCACGAGGAAUUCAUUAACAAACCUGGCGGAGUGCCUCUGAGCAAGGUCGAGAGGUCGUCGGACCAAAUCAUAAAGCCCGUGAAUCUGGCGGCGCUGACCAAGUGGGUCGGCAACAUUCCCGAGGACGUGGUGAGGGAGAUGGCAGACAUCGCGCCGAUGCUCUCCGUGCUCGGCUACGAUCCUUACGCGAAUCCACCCGUUUAUGGCGCACCGGACAGUUUAGUUAGCGACAACACCAGACGGGUGCUGGCCGGCGAAAAACUUUGGGAGGAGAAAGCGCGGGCGUACCAUCUAUCGCACAGGCCUAUUGAGAGCAGCAAUGAGGAAGCUGCUUCCAGCACGGCUCCAGUCGCGUGACCCCGCGUGAUUCUCGUAGGCGCGAGCGACACGUAACCGAUUACCAAAUCCCAUCAAUUUAGGAUUCUCGUGUAUGCGGAAUCUACCACCCCUCCUUGUACUUUCAAAGUAAACUCGGUCUCACACGACAGCGCAAGUCGCGUCGUGAAUUAAUCGCCCUUGUCGUAUUUUCUCAGUCUUCUCCGUUAAUCGCAUCCCGACGACGAUAAUCGAUCAUUCCUCGCGACGCUUAUUUAUUCGCAUCAGGAUCGCGUUUCAUGAAGCGAGACGACGUAAUAUACUAGGCCGUGACUGGAAAAUAGGAUGCCCCAGAAAUAAGCGGCCAAACUUCGAGAGACGUGCUAUCCCGGCAUUAUUUGACAGUCCACGAGGUAUUGAUGUUAGGCGUCCCUUCUACGACGUACGUCCCUUCAGAAUGAAAAGAACAAGGGUCAUUCUAAGAUUAAAUUUCUAUGAACUUUGUCGACGUUCUCGUAAUAUUCUACUGCGGACGAAAACUGUGAGAGCAAAGUAUCUAUGUAUAACUCAGAGGGAGAAAAACAGCGUUUCUGGACGUAUAACCAGCUGGCUUUUUCUCUCUCAACACGAGUUAAAUAAAUUCCUAAGUUUAGUUGUUUAUUUCUGGAACGACCUGUAUAUUACCGCGAUAAUUAUAUAAUAGUCAUAAUAAUAUUUUUUAUAGUAAAAAUAUCAACUUAAAAGGUUUGGUGCAAGAGCGAAGCAAGUUUAUAAUUUAUAAGGUUUCCGUUUUGUACGUUUUAUAUUUAAAAUGAAUUCACAAAUUAUUAAAGAAUAAUUGUUGGAUUAAUAUUUCUAUUCAUCAAUUCUCUUUAUAAUGCUGUUUACAAAUUUAUUAGGUAUAAAUUGAAAAGUAAGAAAUUCUAAAUAUCUGCUUAUUAAUUGAAUUGUCAUUGAAUGACAUUCUUUUAUCCAUAGACAUCGUCUAACAUUACAAAUGUCGUAAUGUUAUGAGAUAGAUUCCAAAUUGAUGGUACUAUCAUUGCUACUGUCUAUGAUCACCGAGAACAAUAAGCGUGAGAUGCGUCGCGCUAGCGAUAAAACAACUUCGAACGUUAUGUAUUAUAGAGGAUCGGACCCUACAAUAGAGGUUUUCGUUUCAACAAUGAAUUCGAUAGAUGAUGCACUAGAAAAGUACGAAAAAUAAACCUAUUCCAAUUGUCGCGUUUUCACGUCAAUUGUUGUAUUAUGUAGAUAAAUGUGGGAAUUUAUGUAUGCUCGUAGAAAACUAUGUUUCGCGAAAAUCGGGUUCGGCCUUCUUUUUAUUAAAUGACAUCGACCAUAACGGCCAGUGAUUUUAAAGAGAAGCGUUUAGAGUAUUUAGCGAAAGAAGAAUUUCAGAUGUGCAACGGACAAGGGAAUGAAAACUUCCCUCUUUUCUUCCCUCUACGAAUAAAGUUUCUGGUUGGUCGGUCUAGGAAGAUAUAAUCCAGCGCAAGGUUGUAGAACCAUUCAACGUUAAAUACGGUUGCCUCAAUAUACGGGGUAAAAUAUGCAAAAACGAGUUAACCUACCAAAUAAUUUUGAAUAAAUUAAGUCUAAAACUCCGACUUUUAUAUUGCUAACACAGCAACGCGCUGAGUUUAUAAUAUGAGUUUAUAAUAACAUAACUUUCAUUCUUUUUUUUUUUUUUUUUUUAAUGUUCUGGGUGAACUCAUUCAUGCAUAACACCGUCUAAUUAACAUAUAUAUGUCUACAAAAUUCGCGAACUGGCGUUUUUAUCAUCUAUACCUCCACCGUAUCUUGUUUUCACAAUUUAUUAUAACAAAUUCGCGUUAAAUAAAAUUUUUCACGUUCGCCAUAUUUUGUAGAUAGCAUAGUUCAUCCGUGGCGUUUUUAAGUAGACCACUUUCGGUCGAUAUCUAUUAAAAAAAUAAUAAAUUGUGAAUAUAUUUCUGAUAUAUAAUAUUAGAAGUUAAUAUUAAAUCGGUACUAAAGCUUUGUCAUCAAAUAAAGUUUAAAACUUCAGUUAAUUUUGUUAUUCUUAAUCAAAAAUUGUUUCAUAUAAUUAAAAAAUCUUUUUUGCAAAUUUUCUCUUUUAAAUAAUUCAAAUAUUCUUCAAUCUUUAAUUAAAGAAAAGUUUAAUGAAAAGAUGACGAAGUUUUCGAACCAAUCUAAUAUUUAUGUAAGUGUAAAUAAUAUCCGUGAACUCAAUCAUGAUUUGGUUACAGCACAUUUUUGUUGUUCAUGGAUCCUGACAAUUAUAUUAUCUUCUUAGAAAAGAAAUAACCACUAUGACUGCAAACGGCAGUGGGCAUGUCGAAAGGCAAGCUUGUCGAAAUCUAUCUGUCGAAUUAUGGAAUUAAAUUAUUUUAAUAUUA